CUUGAAAGACAACCUUGCACAAUGUCAGCUGAAACGUCACCACCCAAGUGGUGGAUAUAUCUCAAUGGCUUCGACAUGUUCACGGUUGGCCAGCUUUCCUUCGGCCAAUGGAAAAACCAUUCCGAUCGGUCAGCGACUAAGCGAUGAGAUCUACCUGGCCCAAUUGCUCGAGAAAGGCGAUUUUAAUGCCUUGUUCCUUGCCGACACAUAUGGUCUAUACGACACGUACAAGGUACGGCAGAACCAGCUAUUCGGAAUGGAGCUCAGUAUCCUAUGGGAGAUCCUUCAAUAG